UCUUAGAAUCCGAACGCGCGACAGUUUCCUCGCGAUUCGCUCGCCGUUUUCCGUCACGAUUCGCAAAAGUUGAUGCGUUUCGGUCGCGAUUUAUCGGGGCGUCUCUCUCCGCAGUGUCUCGGCAUUGCGCAUUCGGGAUUGUCACGCACGUUGACAUUCUCGUUUCUGUUUGCCUUCGCGUUGUCGAUAUUGACAUUUGCCGGAUUUGAUCCGUCGGCGUGUUCGGAGCAACAGCGAGACGAACGUCAAGGACAUGUCAAAUCAUCGGCGACGCGACGGCAAUCAAGAAUUGCCGCGAUUUCGCUCUUUCGCUUGCUAUUUAUAGAGCAAGUAGGUUAUAUUUGUAAAAUCAAUCGCGGAAACACAAGCGAUUAUUACAGAGACGGCGGAACGAGUUAUAAAUAACGCAAAAUUAACGCGUUAACGCGGCGUAUUAAUAUCCGCGAUUUUAUGCAGAACUCACGAUUUCACUUUGGCGGUGUGAUUUGACGCAGCAUGUAGAAUAAUAUCAUCCCGCCUCACCCAGGAAUCAUCGGAUUCGAGUCUACAGCUGGGAAAACAAUAUGAAUCUGUGCUGCACAAGAGCCUGACUGAAUCCCACUUCUGCAGUUGGACUUAACACACACACGCACACACACAUACACAGUUGUUGCUUGAUGCACAAAUGCCAACAUGUCGGAAAGUGCUGCUAACAUGGAACUGAAUAAUGUAGGGAGCAACAAAAGUUCUAUACACCUCGCCCUGUCGUUCAAAAAGUUGUGUCUGGCAACGGUUGGUUUGCCGCUCAUGUCGUUGUUGUUUUGUUUUGUAACGGCGUACAUUUUUCAGCAAGAUGACAUCCAUGAAACUCACUGUAGAGUAUACAACAUUCUUCCAUCGAUCUCAGCCAUCACCGGUGUAUCUCCUCAGAGAUAUCUAUGGCGUGUCAGCAUAGCGUUACACAUUGGACCUAGAUUGGUUAUCGCCAGUGUUUAUCAUUCGUAUUAUUGUAAAAUACUUAAAGACAUUGAAGAUGUGCCUCUAAAACUCACAGGGAGCCGACUCCUGAACUUGUGCUACUGGUUGAACAUUGCCGAGGUAGCAGCUCUGUCCGGUGUAACAUAUAUUUCUAACAGAGAAAAUUAUUCGGUGCACGAAAAAAUCUUCAUAGUGUUCAUGAUCAGUUCGCUAACGUACAUGCUGACUGCUGUAAGAUUGGGUCGCCUAAUAACUCCGAAUGCACAAAGUCUUCAGUACAAACAGGCGCUUUUUGUGACGAGUAUCUUAAGUACAAUUGGUCUUAUUAUCUUCUUCUUGAAACAUCGAUUGCUGUGUCACGAUCUGGCGUUUAGUUGGUUCUCACUGUGCGAGUAUGUGAUAGCCUUUGCAAACAUGGGCUUUCACAUAACUGUGGUUUUGGACUUUCCAAAAGAGCAACUUGUUGUAGGUCACGGUUUACCCACUGCGAAACUAGAUUAACCUUUUAGGAUAAUUCGUCAUUCUCAUCGUCAUAUUAAAGUGCCUAUUGCCUCUGCGUGGAAGUGCUAUGAAUCGUGGUUUUCGGGAGGUGAAUAUUUGGCACGACGCACGUUGUAUUAUUUUACAAUCUCAGUUUUGUGAUAUUUAUGAAAAUUACAUACGCAUAUUAUGUAUUGUGUUCCGUCGAGAUUGAGACGUAAUCCUGAUUUGCUUCCCCGCAAAUUUUUUAGAAGAGCGAACUGUCCGUUUGUUUGUUUCUCUUACUUUCUCACGCGACAUCGAUUAUAGAUGUAUGGAAUAAUAAUUAGCAAAUCUCAGCGCACACGUGAGACGAGACAGGAAUAUUUGUGAAGAAGAGAUAUGGAAAAUCUAGCUCUUCCAAAGUAUCGGCAUCGAUUAAUAAUCGUAGAGCGAGGAAAUAACGGCCUUUUAAUAUCGACUAGUGUGAUAGAAGCACGCUCGUGGCAAUCGAUUGUAAAAAAAAAACAAAAAACAAAAAAAAAAGCGAGUAUCCUA